AUGCGCCGCAGCAGCGCUGCGGUUGCCGUCCUGGCCUUCGGGCUUUGGGCGUGCUUGCAUUUGGCCUGGGUGGCACCCAGGCUGACGGGAAGCCGGGCUGGAAGCUCUUCUCACAACCAAGUGCGCACUGUGAGCCGUGUGCCGCGCAUGGCCAGAGGCGGAGAGGACCUCAGGGCUUAUGCGCAGAGCUUGCCCGUGCCCCCAGACUACACGGGUCCGCCAUACCAGGGACCAGCCUCGGUGAACGAUGCCUUUAUUGAUCAUUUGCUUGGCCUGUACAAGCAACAGGGCAAGUUGCCAAUGAAGUAUGCCUACAUGAUGGCUUUGGAUGUCUUGGAUCUCCUGAAGCAGGAGAAGAGCCUUCAAAGGGUGGCAGUUCCGCCAGGCUCCAAAAUUACAGUGGUUGGUGACCUGCAUGGUCAGUACUUUGACUUUGUUCAUAUGAUUCAGGAAGUCACUGGCAAACCCAGCCCGCAAAAUCCCAUCCUGUUCAAUGGUGACUUCGUGGACAGGGGACCUUGGUCUGUUGAGGUUCUUCUUUGCCUCUAUGCCUUCAAGCUCCAGAAUCCCACAGCAGUCCACUUCAACCGUGGCAACCACGAGUCUGAGAUGACCAACUAUCAAUAUGGCUUUGCAGGCGAGGUGCAGGUGAAGUAUGAGAAGAAGCUCAUGGAGCUUUUCAGCGAGACCUUCAGAUACCUGCCGUUGGCCACCGUCUUGGAGAACCAGGUCUUUGUGGCUCACGCUGGCCUUCCAGGUCCCGAAGAGCGGCUUUGGGAAGACUGGAUGCAGAAGGCUCCCGACGAGGCCGCUGGCGUUCUGAAGCGCGAUCGCCAGAUCACGCUGGCGGAGAUCGAAGCCACAAACCGCGUCUGCGAGCCAAAUCCCAUGGAGUUCCCCCUGGUUAUUGACUUCCUUUGGUCAGAUCCAAAGGGUGCCAACGGCUAUGGCCCCUCCACCCGUGUCCCGAUGGUCUACACCUUUGGCCCAGAUGUAGCUCAGCGAUUCCUGGCAGCCAAUAACCUCAAGUAUAUGCUUCGAUCUCAUGAAACGAAGUCUGCAGGAUACCAGGAGACUAUCCCGAACGUUGUGACUGUUUUCAGCGCCCCAAAUUACAUUGACCGAGCUGGCAACCUGGCGGCUGUUGCAGUUCUUACCAACCAGGGAGGGAGCCUUGAAAAGCAGUUUGUGCAGUUCCAGCAUCAGCCACAUCCGGACAUUGAAAGUGGUGCCUACAUGAAGGGCAAGUCCCUGGCACCGGCGUAG